AUGCGUCUGAUAUUAUUAGAACCGAACGAAGGAGCUGAUAACGAGAUAUUCACAGAGAGUGUGACGCAUCUCCACGAUGCACGCAGCCGAUCUCAACCGCCGGACUCUGGUUUCUCAGAACCAGCGAACAACAAUAUCAGUGAGGAUAACAACAAUGGACCGAUAUCCCUCAGGGAGAUGCAGAAUAUCGCCAACAAUAAUGCGGCGGUAUACAUCGUCAGUGAAAAUGAGGAACGGAAUCGUAUUCGGGAGUCCGUUGUCGAGUUUGAACCACUGCCUCGUAUACGUGUACUGGAUCCGUUGGAGAGAUGUGCCGAUUGGUUUGCUGGAGAUGAUUUUCCCAGAAACCGAUUGCAAUACCUUAGAGAAAUUGGUCGCGGAUGGUUUGGCAGGGUAGUAGAAGGUGAAAUAGAAGAUGGACCGUCACCGGUGGCUGUCAAGAUACUAAAUCAAAAUGCGAGUCUAGAAGACAAGGCUCGUUUUCUAGAUGAGGGUAGAAUGUAUCGAGAUAUCCGUCAUGAAAACAUAUUACCGUUUAUUGCCAAAUGCCUCUCUGAGGAUCCUUGGUUGCUUAUGUUCGAGCUGUGCUCUAUGGACCUGCAUCAAUACUUAGAAGUGAACCGUCCAAAAAUGGCGAUACUAAACGAAAGUGGGGUGCCUCUACAGCUGAUGUGUGAUGUCACUUCCGGCUUAGCUCAUUUGCACUCUAGGGGAUUUUUAUAUGGAACACUGUGGAGCGGUACAGUACUAAUUCGUAAUGGAGAAACAGCACGUGCGCUUCUUGGCCAGUAUGGAACUAAUGAGCCGCAGCACGAUUUCUUCGCGCCCGAAGUCUCGAGGCAGCCCGAUUCACACACUACGAGUAGUGAGGUGUGGUCCGUGGGCUUCCUCCUCUGGGAGGUGUGUGCUUGGGGGGCCACCCCACCCCGCUCCCCGCCGCCCCCACACUUGCCUUGCCCCUAUAGAAACCAUUUAUACCAAGUAAUGCAGCUCUGCUGGAAUCCGAAUCCUGAAAAUCGUCCAACGGCAUCACAAGUGCACGCGUUACUCAAUCAUCUGCACACCACACACUUACACACCGAAACAGACGACCAUUUUGAGGAACGCUGGCAGAGACUCAAACCCAACACUAUCCCAAAAAUAGACGAACACAUAGCCAUAGUCCACGCCCCGUCCACGUCCACAGAUUCACAGUUCGGAUCUGAUCUAGAAUUUGAAAGCGCACAAAUCAUACCAGACUCCCUGAGCGUAGGAGACACGGCGGUAUCCCGAUCCAGCAGCAUAAUGUCCGACAAGGAACCUCUUUCUGUCCAAAUAAAGUCAGAAAGCCUUAACAAUCUACAUGGAUCCUUCGAGGAUGUUCGAAACAUUUACCUCACGCACAAUGAAGCGGCGGCCCUCGAAUGCCACCAAGGGAACAUCAGUAUGGAAGAGAAGGAACAGGAUCGCUCCGACAGCUCGGUCGAUCCUUGGCUCAAAGACAUCAUAACCGGAAGCCAAGAUGACGUGAGCUACUUCAAAGACGUCAGCGAUGUUAUUAAGAAUCUUGAUAAUAUAUUGAAUUCCGAGAAAACUUCCAGUUCCGAAUCGAGCCACCAAGCCAGUCCUUCGAGGGACAACCUCAGUCUAGAAUGCAAAAAGGACUAUCCUAUGCAGACGAGCCUCGUCAAGUCUCCCGGAAUACGGAACUUCCAAAAUAUAUCAGAAAUGGGUUUCGAUUCCAAGGAUGAUUCCACCUGCGAAGAUGAUGUCGACCGGGACGCAAUCGGAACUUUGAGUCACUCCUUCGAACGCCACAGCGACACAAAUAGCCAAUAUACACUCGAAAAUAUAACACCCGAAACGCCGAUAAAAGACUUCAUAAGUAACGUUAAUGAAUCCUUUAGCGAACAAAACUUUAGCAUAGUUAACGAAAAUACAACUAUGCCUCGAGAAGAAGAAUUGCCAAACGAUAACAUAGAAGAUUGUGAUAAAGAAGUACCCAAAUUGAAGGAAUUAUGUGAAGCCUUGCCUAGAUUAAGUAAUAAAAUGGAAAUGAUAAAAGACUGCACAUCGGAAGAUAAUAAUGCUUUAGGGACUGAUAUUAUUAAAGAUACUAAGUCAGUAGAAUUAAUACCAAAUGAAGGAAUUGAUAAGAGAGAAAAGAUUUGUGAUACUGGAAUAGACCAAACGCAUGAUACAACAGAAUCUCAAGUACCAUUUCCUGAGAGUGAGAUUAAUCAUAUAAACAAAGAUCCACUAGUCAAUGAAAUAGCUACAACAUUAAGUGAUAUCGAGCAAUCAGAUGCAAGUGAUAGGGAAGAUAAUAAAGAUCAUUCUGAAUCGUUGGUCCAAUCUUUAGCAGCAAGCCAAACUAUAAAUGAAGUUAAAGGAAUAACUACUAAUGAUAAAGACGUUCACGAAAUAGGGACCAACGAUAAUGCUUUGGAACCAAGUGAUCUAAAUAGUGUAGUUGGUGAUCAGCAAGUGGAACAAAGUUGUAUUACACACACGGAAUUGUUUUUAGCAAAUGAAAUAGAAGCACAAAAAGGUCAAUACUGUGAAAGUGGAAAGCAAGUUCUUAGUAAUGAUAUGCGUGACGCAGAAAAGCAAAUCUCGUAUGAAAAUGAAGAUCUAACGCAACCGGAAUUGCUACAGAUGACACCCGUUACAGAUGUACAUUUAGAUGAAAUUGUUAAUGAGCUACAAUACAAUGAAGAUAUCAGUAUCGAUUUGGAAACUGGGUGUGCAUCGUUAGGAAAUGUUAUUAAUUUAGGAAGUAGUCAUGCUACUUUAGAUAAUGAAAAGUUGAAGGAUUUGAACGCUAAGGAAUCUCAUAUAGAAAGUGACUUAGAUAUAGAAACUGAACUAGAAAACGUAGGAAUAUUAGCAGAGCUACCUGAUUUAGUACAAAUAAGUGAAAGGGCAACCGAUGUCAUAAGUAAUACUCAAGAAUCUCAAACGGAAUCUCAGUAUUCACCUGAAAAAGUACAAAACAUAAGCAAGGAAAACAUUUCGUCCGAUUCUCAAGACGAUACCAUCUGUCUGGAUCAAAUUACAGUUAAAUAUAUGGAUUUGGUCGGAUCGAAACAAGACAAAGAAAGUGCGUCGGAUAUGUCCACCGAUAGCACAGUCUACAUGAACUUUUCUGGAGAACCAAACGAAAUUUCGAAAAUGUAUAAAAACGAACCGUUAUCGUUCUUCGAAAACCAAACGGUCUUCGAAGCUGAUAUCGACAAGAAUGAUUCCACUGUUUAUUUAGAUCUCCCUAGCGUCAUUAGAGAGAUGGACGCCUUCUUGCACGCAGAAAAGUUAAUAAGUGGUGGUCAUGUAGUGUUCAAAGAUAAUUUUCAUGCUAGUACCCCUGUAGGCAGCAAUAGCUCCGCAGAUAACGUCCUCGAUUCCAAUGAGCAUGUCACACAAGGGGAUCCAAAUAAAGUACCAGACUAUUCUGCGAUGGCCUUGGAGAAACUGGAACAAAAAGGUGUUGCGGACACCAGUCCCUUCGAAUCGCCGACGAAAAGCCACCCUACAGAUACGUACGACGAGAACAGUUCAGUCGUCUUGGGACCCUUUGAAAGCUAUACACAAGAGACGUUCAAAAGUAAAGUUGGGACGGAUCUAGUAGACUUACCUAAAGAAGAACUCUUAGCUUUUUCGUCGAACUUUAGCGAAAUUAAUCUAGAAACGCCAUCGCCGUUACGCGAUGGGAACUUUUUAAACGAAGUGCCGGAUUUAAUUCACGACGACUUCGACGACAGUACGAGUCAACCAAAACCUGUAGUUUUGUCGGAUCCCCACACUGAUACGGACGAAACUGAGGAGCAAUCGACAACUGAGAAGAGGAUAUCUCCAUCGACCCCACCCAAUUCGCCUGGUAACUUUCUAGCAUCGACAUCGCAGGCGUACAUAGUUGAUAUCGACCUCGACAACGAACCCGUACAGCACAUUGAUAUUAACGAAAUGGACGUUUCUCAGCUGGCAAUGGCAGAAAACGAAAAUAAUAUGAACUUAGAAUAUUCCGGACCGUUGGUGGAGGAAACCUUGAACGAUUCGAUAACAAGAUUUAAUGAUACGUUGCCGGAAUCGUUUUUGGCGGGAAAUGGCGGAGUUGAGGAAACGGAGAAUGUGGGGAUAGAUGAAGAACGAAUGAAGGAGCUUAGGAAUGAAUUAGAAUUGAAACUGCCGUUGGCCCAGGUAGCAGGCAUUGAACCCGCCAGUUCGUGGACUGAAUUGCCUCCUCCGCCUGAGUUGUUAGUGACGUAUGGAGCUCUAAGUCCAAUUGCUGAAGAAACGGGACACCAGCUCAUCGCUUAUGAAAAUGAUGAUAAUUGGAACAUCUCAGUGCGCACAGAAUCGUCCGAAAGUUAUCCAGAACCAGCCAACAAUUCCACAGACGAAGUGACAGAGUUACCAACGGGACUGGCAAGUGCCACUCAUCAAUCACAAAAUUCAACAUACACCAUACACUCUAAUGCCACAUACACUUUGCAACGAGAUGGAAGCAAGGAAAUCACCAUGAGCGCCGACAGUUUAAACGGAAGUCCAUUAAAGAAAGUUCCCGAAGAAACUGCUUCUCCGGACGCCGACAAGACCUAUACUAUAUGCGACGCGGAAAAAGAAUCGAGCUGUGAAAGAAUAUCUCAAGUGUCCCCGUUUCUUCUAAGUCCGACAACUGACACGUCCGCUCCCUCGGAUUUGCACGCAGCCGUGUCCACUCUGUCGAAGGCGACAGUCCCCACAGAUGCCAAAUCAUCAAAACCAUCCGAAACCCAGUGCUUGUCGAAGGCGACAAGCAUCGACUCGUGGUGUUCGAACGACACACUUUAUAACGUCGAGGAGAACUUCGACGACUUGGCGAUGGAUCCCGAUCUACCUCUCGAUUUUGCUGAACCGGAUAGAGAUAAGAGCGAAAGCGAGGACACGCUCACUCACAACGAAGACGAUAAAGAGCUCAGCCACUGCUCCACAUACAUCGUCCACGAUAGCAGGUCUGAACUCUGCGAGACCUUCUCUCCGGAUUCCAUCACCGCUAACGAUAAUAACACCUACACCAAAGUCAAGACGACGCCAUCCGCUAACACAAAAUCGGAUCUCAACGAUUCGACCAAAAAUACUCAAACGAAAGAUUUAGCUUACGGCACGCUCGGAUCCGGAAUGCCUUCGUUUUCGAACUGUACCACCGAACUCGCUUCUGCCUUCGACGAUACGUGGAAGUUACCCCAGCCGGAAUUAGUGAGGAGAUCUCCGAUGGGCGAUAUGAUGAACGUCACUCCGGUGACUAAAGCUGAGGAUAAAAUUUACGCGUUCGAUUCUCCGGAAGUAGUCACUAUUCCGAAACUAAAUAAAAUGGAAAGUCUAGAAAUAACUUUCGAGGAUCAAGAUAAAGAUGUCAAUUAUCCUGUACUUAACGAUUAUUCAAAUAUUAAUUUCAAAGAUGUCAUAAAUACCAUGACUAGCACUCCGGUGACCGAGGCCGAUGAUAAUAUGGGAGAAGUUGUUGCGUGUACCUUAACGAAAGUAAAGGAUGGAGACGCUGAAAUAAGUGCUAUAACUUCAUCUUUUUUAAAUGAAUUGUCACCGAUUAACGUUAAAGAGGAAGGCGUUAAUCGUAUGAGCGAUAGUGUUUUGAAUACAAAUAGAAUAAGUGAUGAUAAAAGUGGAAUAAGUGAUAGUGUAUCUAAGUUCGAAACCUUUAUGCGUUCAGCAGAAGUACGGCCCCAAGAAAUAUUAAAUAAUACUAAUGUGGUUGAAUAUUUAGAAACGUCUAAAAUAACUUGUAAUAAUUCUGAAUUCCCCGAAACGAGUGAAGUUAGUUCGAAAAAUUUUGAUAUAUUUGUGCAGUCAGCUGAAAUUAGACCACAACAUUCAAAUACUAGUGAUAGCAAUGGAAUCAGUCACAAAGAAGAAAUUUUGAAUUGUUACACUAAUGAUGACAGUUCAAAAAUUACAGAUUCUUUUAUGAUGUCGGUGGAAAUGCGGCCGCAAGAUUUAACGAACGCUUACAAAAUAGCCAAUAAGGAAACAAAUAAUAUCGUCAACGCUACGGACGACGAUAGUAGUUUAAAAUCAUUUCAAUCAUUCCUAGAUUCAGCAGAAACAAAGCCACAAGAGAGAUCGUAUAGUAAAAGCGAAGAUCAGCCAGUAACUUCAAGCAAUUCUAUCCCGUUUAAAGUUUCAGAAACAAAAGCAGACGAUUCUGAAACAAGCCUUAGUCUGAUAAACUUUCAAUCGUUCAUCCAAUCUGCGGAAAUAAGGCCACAAGAUAUCUCUAAAACUAGUACCGAACGUGUAAGCUCUAACGGUGAAAAUUCUGAUGGAGACAACCAUCUUAGUCAAAACAGCAACGAUAGUUUGGCUGUAUCGAAAAAAACUAUCUCUUAUUCUGAUUUUGAAAAUUCCGCCUCCUCAAAACCACAGGAUAUGCAAUCUUUGGAUAAGUCUCGAAGUGACGAAAGCGGCGUCGGAUCAGAGGGGUUUCGGAACUUCGAGGCAUUCGCUAGAAAUCGUCCACAAGACUUACUGUCCCUAAUCGAUGCUAGUUCAAUGCUACUGAGCAGUGAGAGGACGACGAGUGAGCACGCGAUAAAUAGCUUUAUGAAUAGAGACAUUACACCUUCAACGAGUAAACUUGGCCAAGGACAGUCGGUCAUUAUAAAUCCGACGUUCGCAAGUUUUAGGGAUUCGCCUGACCGCGAUAAUCAUGAUGGUUUUGUGACUGAUUUGGAUUUAGAUGAAAAUGAACAGCCACAUUCAAUUAUAAUCACUGAAAGCCCGCUUUUAGCUAAGAUUAAUAAAGGUCAGACUUUGGAUGGGCUCGGAGAAGAUUUAAGUGGAUCUAAAGCAGAUGAAGACAUAGAUGUGAAUUUGUCGAGAAAUAUUCUUGAGAAAAGUUUUAUAAAAGACUCUGAAGAGGAAGUAUCUGAGGAAACCAAAUGUAACGGGAGCAACCAAGUAUUCGCAACCGUAAAUUUUAUAAACGAAACUUUUGAAGAACUUCUAGAGAGUAAUGUGGAUGACAAUGAAGCCAACGAAACGAAAGGGACCAAAAAUGAAACAAACCAUGUUUCAGAAUCCAAAAGUCCAACGAAAGAUGUUUCUGAACAUACGAAAAUCCAAAGUGAUAGUGAAGAAAAAGUGGCGGUCACUCAGGAUUUUUUGCAAAAUGAAAAGAAUUUUUGUCAGCUUGAUGCGUACUUUCCACUCCUAAGUGAUAUCAGAUUCACAGGACCUGGAACAGAAAUAAUGAGUACCUCUUUCACACAAGAAUCACCAACUGAACCGACAUCCCCCGAGUGCGAGCGAGACAGCACUACGGACAAAGACAAACCCUCUGAGCUAUUGAAAGAGUGGGAUAGCGAUACUGACUCACAUUCUACUAAUUCGUCUAGUGGGGAAUUUAUAUGGAAGGACGGAGACGGACACGAGACAGCCCUUGUGCCGAACACGCAUUUCCAACACCAACGCGAUAACAGUCAGCCAAGCCGAGCUGAGGUAGAAUCUGCUCAUGAGGCGUCGUCUGUUGGAUCUGGGGAUUCCGGUUCAGGGUCGGAAGGUGAUGAGGUGGAAUUUGUGCCGUCUUCGUGGGACUGCCGCGCGGCGCCAGCUAAAUCUUCCCUUAGGAGUCUAGAACAACCAGCGGAUGGUAAAAAACGCGUAGUGUUCAAGCGUCAAAAGUACCAUUGCGUAUACGAGUACCCGCGCGAAGCGAGCGAUCUGGACGUUGACUCCCCCGCGCCCUAUUUACCCGAUCUCUCCACUUAUUGCGAAUGGGACCCACGUAGCGCAGAGGAAGCGGAAGUUGGUUACGGACAGUUGUACGGAGGGCCGAGUCCCUUUGACAUGUAUCCUCUUAGAGCUGGAAUCGCCUUUGGAGCUGACUACGACGAAGACUUCUACAUAACUUCAACAGCGCGGCCUUUUGAAUUAGGGGUACUAUCCACUACGAGCCAAUUCUUUCCCGGGAUGCAUCUCAAGCAAUCCCUGCUACCCGAAAACGACUUUCCCCCUCCGUCCCCCUUGCCCCCUCUCGAUCCCCCCCCUCACUAUCCCCAGAACAUCUUUAGAACUAACAACCCCAGAUUCAGGAACAGUACGAGUUCCAGUGAAUCGGUUAGUCCGAGUUCACCGGGGGGAGAAUUGGGUGGGUUGAGACAUACGAGGGAUAAGCUGAAGCUGGAUUUACCCCCCAGCCCCCAUCUCCCCUCGCCGAAGCACAAUAGGGUGUUUAAUUUUGUACUUGAAAAGCCGAAACGUCCCGAACCCUCUACUCCGUUAGUGAUGACGGACGAAACCCCCAUCAUGAUGUCUCUCCCGUUAAUCAAACGCGAUGAUCCAAUGCCCGAACCAACUUUCUCGACAUUCGGAAAGUCAACUUGCAAAUCCACAGCCGAUCCCAAAAACAUUGUCUUAACCGACAACGAAAACGUCGAAACGGAACCCGAGUCAACGGAUAAUCCGGAUAUUAAAAUAGAAGAAAAACCGGAUAAAGUAGAGCCGGUUAAAGGGGAGGGAACGGUUUUGGAUAGCGGCGAUGAAGAUUCCGGUAUUGAGAGCAGCUCCAAGGCUACGUUGGAACGAAAACCGACUUCGAAUAUCUCAUAA